GUAGGCCUAUCCAAGGAAACUAUCAAAAAACUUUCAUAACUUUUCUAGUUCCCUAUAAAAACAAACCCGGAAGAAACUUUUUGGCGUAUGUGCCAGCUGAGCAGCUCUGAUAGGAGUGAAUGGGUGCCAUUUUUGGUCUCUUAUUAUACAUCCAUGCUCUGUCGACACUACGGAAACUUCCGGUGUCACCUGACUGAACAAGUGACACAAGUUUGACCAACAAGUCAGAGAAGUCCGAUUCUUUUUCAUUUCUAACACAACUUUACCGUUAAAGAUGCGCGGAUUGAUCUGUGGACCCAAACUGGCAGCGUGUGGGAUAGUGCUGAGUCUGUGGGGGAUCAUCAUGUUGACCAUGCUGGGGAUUUUCUUCACUACACAUUCAGCAGGUCUGAUUGAAGAUGUGCCAGUGACAGAAGAUGACAUGAAAGAUGACAACCCUCCCCAGAAAAUCUACGCACUCUAUGAGAAGGUGGGAACCAACUGCUUCAUAGCGGCUGCUAUCUACGUCCUGUUUGGCGCUUUCUCCUGCUGCCAAAUGAAGCUCAUCAAGAAGAGGGAGUACCUGGUGCACUAGUGCCACCUGCUGGACUGAGAACCUGACAGCAGCACUCUGACAGCAGUGGAGGCUGUGCCUGAACAAUCACCUGCUCCUUGAUCAUUGACCUGCUCUGGGGUUUGAAAUUUUUAAUCAGAAGCCACAGGGAAGAGUCUGGAUGCCAUGUGACCGCAGAUGGAUGUUCUGCACCUUCAUGUAUUAUAAAAUUUUGCUACCUCUGAUCAUAAGUGCUUGAAUUAUUUGAAUUAAUAUCCACUCAAACUUAGCAGUCGUGUUGUUCUUCAGAGUCUAAAUGAUUAUUUUUGUGAAGCAUUACAUGUUGUAAUUUAUCUCGUCUUCUUGUCAUCCAGACCUACAGUACAAGAGAAUGUAUAUCUGAUUAUUGCCAGUAACCAACUGGGUUUGGAAUGAAGUUAUCAGAUCAAAUGAUUCAUUUCUUUAAGCUAUUUCCUGUCUGUCCAUUUGUCUUUGCUGUUUGACUUCAUCCUUAUGUCCACCAGAUGUGAUCCAGCUGUGCUCCACCUGCUGAAACAGAUCUAGUUACAGCCAGUUCAGGUGCUUCUCUUUUACAUACUCUGCUUUUUUUUUAAACUGAAAACAUUUGUGUGGAUAUGUUUCUACAACAUCUCCAUAGAAAAGUAUAUAACAGAGUUCAGUUACAUUCACAGUGCAGUAUAACAGCGCUGUGGUGGACAUGUAAAGCUGAUGCCUGACUGCUGCACUGCUCACAUUGAAACCAACUUCUACCAUGUGUCUACCUGUUAUCAGUAGAUACAACCAAACUGUUUAAGGUGGACAUUCAGGUUACACUUCCACUCUAAAUACAUGCAUGUUGCUUCUUUAAGAAAAAUGAUGUAUAAAUGAAAAAUGAUUUAAUGACAUACACAACAUUUUUGCUAAUAAAUAAAUACAAACAAG